AUGAAAACUCGAAAGCAAGGGUUUUCCAUUUUGAUAUUAGCGUUCUGCAUUCAUUCCUCUUUCUUUUUUCUCUUUCCUCCAUUCUUUUUCUCUCUUUCUCUCUCUACUUUCUUCUCGGUCUAAAAUUUUCUCUCCCUUCACGGCGAAAAUUAUACGGUGAAAGUGAAGGGAUAUCGGUGGGGAUUGGUGGAGAUCUGUUAGGGUUUCCCAAAAUGAGUUUCGAUCCAGUUCCUUCUAAUUCUCAUUACAAUCUUGAUGAGCAGAUCGCUCAGCUUAUGCAAUGCAAACCUCUUUCAGAACAAGAGGUUAGGGUGUUGUGUGACAAGGCCAAGGAAAUACUGAUGGAUGAAAGCAAUGUUCAGCCUGUGAAAAGUCCUGUGACAAUUUGUGGUGACAUCCAUGGGCAGUUUCAUGAUCUUGCAGAGCUUUUUCGUAUUGGGGGGAAGUGUCCAGAUACAAAUUACUUAUUCAUGGGUGAUUAUGUUGACAGAGGAUAUUAUUCAGUGGAAACCGUAACGCUCCUGGUUGCACUUAAAGUUCGCUAUCCCCAAAGGAUCACUAUUCUUAGAGGGAAUCACGAAAGUCGUCAGAUUACUCAAGUUUAUGGGUUCUAUGAUGAGUGCUUACGGAAGUAUGGAAAUGCUAGUGUUUGGAAGACAUUUACAGAUUUAUUUGAUUAUUUUCCACUGACUGCAUUGGUUGAAUCUGAAAUAUUUUGCCUUCAUGGUGGACUUUCACCUUCCAUUGAAACACUUGAUAAUAUACGAAAUUUUGACCGUGUGCAAGAAGUACCUCAUGAGGGACCUAUGUGUGAUCUCUUGUGGUCUGACCCUGAUGACCGUUGUGGUUGGGGUAUAUCACCCAGAGGAGCAGGAUACACUUUUGGCCAAGACAUAUCUGACCAAUUUAACCAUACCAAUAGCCUAAAAUUGAUUGCCAGAGCUCAUCAACUGGUGAUGGAGGGAUUCAACUGGGCUCAUGACCAAAAAGUGGUAACAAUCUUUAGUGCUCCUAAUUACUGUUAUCGUUGUGGAAAUAUGGCAUCCAUCCUCGAGGUAGAUGAUUGCAAAGGUCACACAUUUAUUCAGUUCGAGCCGGCUCCAAGAAGAGGAGAGCCCGACGUCACCCGGAGGACACCCGAUUAUUUCCUGUGAUUUCAAGUUGUCAAUGACAGAUGGUUUCUGGUGGUGGGAAAGCCUCUUACCUGAUCUCCUAUGUUAUUGAGCAUGUAUAUCACAGAUGAAGGGUGGUUAUGCUCCUGUAUUGAUAUUGAUUACCAUCACAUUAUACAGCAGAAAUUCGUCUUUUGACUCAGAUGCUUCUUCAUUAUGGUAAAUCUCACUAAUGAAGAAGCUUUGGAGCUUGUACGAGGAUAUGUACCGAUUCUCAGCAAAACUUUGUGGUAUCUUUAACGCCAUUUUUUUGUUGCUCUCUCUGUCCUUUCGUCUUUUUUAUUUUUUCAAAAUUUGUCUGCUAAUUUUUUGUUCAUUCAAUGUAGAAGAAUUGUACUCUUUGGUGGGCGGGGGUUAUGUAGAGAGACAAAAUAGUUAAUGUUGGUAUUCCAAUGGGUGCUUUAUAUAAUUAUUUUCCCUCUAUAUUCUUAAGUAUACUUGUAUUUUAGUGGCUACCUUUUUUUCAUCUAUUCUCUUAUAGGGCUUUGGAUGUUUAUCUCAAUGUAUCCUCAUUUUGAUUUCGUUUUCA